CAUGAAGGGCAUGAAACAAACAGUUUUCUUCGACAUUUUCAAGAUGGAAUCAUCGUUAUGGCGGGCAAAUCAAAACAGGAUUCGCGAAUGGCAACAAAGGAUGGGAAGAGACUCUACAAAGCUGUUGGAAGAUUGUAUCUGUCGGCAACAUGC